AUAAUACAACAAAUAGGCCUUGAGAUAUGAUGAAUGGCAGUUGUCUGCGCUUGUGAUUGUGACGUAUAGUUAUUUGACGUUUAGAUGACGUCACAAUCAUCACCAUAAACAAAGGAACUAAGCAGAAAGCGGAAUUUUAAAACAAAAUGAUGGACUACAGCGAAGUAUUGGAUUUUAGUGACAAAGGGGAGAGUAAGUUAGAGAUUUUGAAGUUUGGAUAUAGUUGGGCCGAGGAGAUGGAGAAGCAGGAGAGAUUGGAGGCAAUGGAGUUAGACGAAAGAAAAAGAGAAGAAACUGUAAAUUACAAUGAGAUUCUGGAUUUCAGUGACAAAGGGGAAACCAAAUUGGAAAUAUUAAAGUUUAAUUACAGUUGGUCUGAGGAAGUGGAAAGACAAGAGAGAUUAGAGACAAUGGCGUUAGAAGAAAGAGAAAGAAAGAAGAUCGUGAAAGCUCUGAUGAGGAAGGUUCACCAAGAAUUGAUUGACACCAUAACCAGAAAGACAAACGAGAGGCUAAAAAUAUGGUCCGCCAUGAUGAGGAAGAAAGAAGAAAUGGAGACAGUACAUGAAGAACUUAGGGACACUGUACCCAGAAAAUUAAAGGAGAUGGAGAAAUUACAGACAGAAAUGAUGAAUAAAAGGGAACUCAUGAAGAGUGUUCAUCGAGAACUUAAGAUCGAUAUUGAAAGAAGGAAAACUGCACGAGAUAUGGAAAGGAAAGUCCUGCAGGAAUGCAUGGAGAAAGUAGCUAAAAGGACCAAUUAUAGGACUGACAUUCAAGCAGAUAUACACAGAAAAAUAGAAAUAAUGGGAGCAGUGCACAGAGAGAUUGUGAGAGUGCACGUGGAGGGAAGAGAGAAAGAUCGACUCAUCAAGGUUUUCGUGAGAAACAUCAUUAUUGUUGCAAAUGAAAAAGUACGAAAGGAUAUUGUAAGUGAGUUUAUCAGUAAUGUGAUUAAUAUGGCAAAGGAACAGCUGCAAAACCAACUUCAGCAAAGUUCAAGGGAAACAGCCUCUGCAAUGAAGAUACACAUCGGCCAAUUCCAGCAAACAAUGCAAGAGAAAUCAAAAAGUUCCACCAAAGAGAGACAACUCCAAGCUACUGAGGAGAAUGAGAAGGAAACAUAUUUUCCCAGAAAACUCUUUCUGUUUAAUAUAGAAUCUUUCAAGGACAGCCCAAAGUGUAAUGAGCCAAAUCUAGCUAAGUAUACUCCUAACCUAUCUUCAAGCUUGCCAAAUUCGUCGUCGUCGGAUGAACAUACUCAUGGAACAUGUUCAGAAAAGAAGUCGUCUCCAACCAAGACAAGAAAAAGCAUCAGAACCCGUGUUUUAAAGUUUUUCGGACUUAGAUAAAUUCAGAAAUUU